GGGUGGGCGUGGGUGAACCGCUGCACCGGAGUUGCGCUCUCACUUGGUCUGCGUUAUUGGUGGGUGAUGGAAGAAUUGGGUUUUUUCGAGUUGGCGGGUUCAACUAUCUGACCCGGUCCGUGAUUUUCUUGUCCGGUUGACGGGUCUGACCCGUUUUGACAUCCAUCACAGCCCAUUAUUUAAAAAACUGUUUCAUCCUCGUUUCGUCAGUAUACGUUAGGGUUUUUGCUGCUUCGUCCUCUGCAUUCUCUGCGCUACACACAAAACUGUGCAUUUCACCUCCAAAAUCGAUGGCGUAUUAUUCCUCUAGACUCGAUUUCUUUUGCCAUUUGUGUGGGACAACGCUAAUUGUUCCUUCCAGAGAGUACGCCCAAUGCCCUUUGUGCAAAAGUCUCCGAGACAUACAAGAUAUUCGUGAUAAGGAAAUAAGUUACACAAUUACUGCUGAGGAGAUCAGAAGAGAGCUUGGAAUGGAAAUAAUCGAGGAACAGAAGGUGCAAUUGUCGAAGGUCAACAAGAAAUGUGAAAAAUGUGGCCAUGAUGAAGCUAACUUUUAUACCAGACAGAUGAGAUCAGCAGAUGAAGGGCAAACUACUUUCUAUACAUGUACCCGUUGUGGUCAUCAAUCUCAAGAGAAUUAGUGGUUUUCUUUAAGGCUAUCUUUGGAAGGAAUGUACCAGGAAAAAUAGAAUGAUUUUUAAGGUUAUUUUGUUCUGAUAAUAUGCCGCACCUGGCCCCACUAAGAUUGUUAUCUGGACUUGGUUAUUAAUUGAUAAGCCUUUUUACCUUAAA